UAGAAUUUCAUCGACAUUACAAUAAGAAUGAAACUUGUUUUCUUCAUACUUAUGCUUACUGUAGUGUUACUGGAAGCAAAACUAAACUUAUGGGGAGAUUUAGUAUUCUCUCGGAAAACAAUAUUCAACUAUCUAUUUUCUAAAAAUUACGGUGUAGUAAGAGUGAGGAAGCCAGAAGAAGUCAAAACUGCAGUGAACAAUGUAACAACAUUGGAUUUUAUUGGUUUAGUGGAGAAAAAUGGUUACUCAGCCGAGGAACAUUAUGUCAUAACAGAAGAUGGUUACAUCUUGGUGCUACAUAGAAUAUUAGGAAAUUCUUUAUUUAAAGGUCAAGGAAGUAGAAAAGUUGUAUUUCUUCAACAUGGUAUUCUGUGCACAUCUGAUUGCUGGGUAUUAAUCGGUGCUAGCAAAGAUCUUGCAUUUUUAUUGGCUGAUAAAGGAUAUGAUGUAUGGCUUGGAAAUUUCAGGGGAAAUGCUUAUUGCCAAUCACAUAUAAAAUUAUCUUCACAAAAUAAGGAAUUUUGGCAAUUUAGCUAUCACGAAGUAGGAACGAGAGACUUACCAGCUAUGAUCGACUAUGUACUUGAUUACACAAAACAAAAGACUAUACACUACAUCGGUCAUUCGAUGGGAACUACCGUUUUAUUUACUUUACUAUCCAUGAGACCCGAAUACAAUGCAAAAAUAAAACUGGGAAUCUGCCUUGCCCCGGUCGCCGUAUGGAAAGAAAUAUCUCCUUUUUUGGAAUAUGUUCGUAAUAACAUGCCAAAGAUUCUG